UCCUUCCCGUUCGCCUCCUCUCCUCCGUCGCCGUCCUUCUCUCUCCCCUUCGUAGCCGGUAACUCUCUUCCUUCCUCUCCCGUAUCUCUCUUAUUCUUCUGCCGUUUCCACCUCUGUACCUCCGCUGUGUCGUUCUAGAGAUCGACCUUUAGCGACUGUGUUUGGCGAUCGGAUUUGUCAUGAAAUCGGCGGAGAAAUCAACGGACUUGUCCGUGAAAGCCUUAGAGUAAAAUGGGAAUUUUGAUUCAUUUCCCGCAUUUGAAUGAACCGGCAGUAUCUUUCGGGAAUCUUCAUGGAAUUUUCUGAAAAGUCACAAGCCACUGGUCAAUAUGGGAGGCAAAGAUGAUGGUCCGAAUCCGAGGAGGGUUGUAUUUGUGACGGUGGGAACAACAUGUUUCGAUGCACUUGUUAAAGCUGUGGAUACCCAAGAAAUCAAAGACGAGUUGCAGAAAAGAGGAUACACCCAUCUCGUUAUUCAGAUGGGUCGAGGACUCUACACUCCAACAAAGUCCGACAGAGCAGAUGGAUCGUUGAUAGUUGAUUACUUCACAUUUUCACCGAGCAUACAAGAUUAUCUCCGGUCUGCUUCUCUUGUUAUCAGUCAUGCUGGAUCUGGAAGCAUAUUCGAGACACUAAAGCUGGGGAGACCCUUGAUCGUGGUGGUGAACGAAGAUCUAAUGGACAAUCAUCAGUGUGAACUAGCGGAAGAGCUAGCCGAGAGGAAACACUUGUUCUACGCUCGCCCCCAGACGCUUUGUCGAACCGUAGCGAGUAUGGACCUGGAUUCUCUCGUUCCGUACACUCCCGGCGACGGCACACCGGUCGCUCGUAUUAUUUACAGGUUCCUCGGAUUCCCGGAAGAUUAACGAGUGGAAUUACUUCGUCCGGUAUAUUCUACAAAUGGAACUAUCCCCGACUCUGCUAACGUGAUUUUGAUUCAAAAUCAGGAAGAGCCUACGUGUUUUUCCUAUCAAGCGGCUUUCUCAUAAACUCUACAUUUUGUAAAAAGAAAAUAUAUAUUUUAGACCAAUGGCGUGCACGUUUAUACAAGUAAUGGUAUCGUGACGUAAAAGAAAACAAUUACAAUAUUAUAGUCCAUAAUAUUUUUUUGAUAA